AAGGGCGCAAUUCUUGGCCGACAUUCCGCUUCUCAUAUAUAAUAAUUUCAUGCAAAAACCGCAUCCAUCUGCACACAAAUUUUGCACUACAUUCUUCCCUUAACACACAUCGGAUCACCACAAAUCAAGAACCAUCAACUCUUUACCCUUUUCCCAUCACAAUUAAUCACCCGCUCAUCAUCAUUUUUCUUUUUUUCUUUCUGCAUGCAGUUUAAUUUUCUUACAGAAGUCAUGCAACGUUAAAAUCUCCAAAUCUCUCACCCCAAGAGUCUCAAUUUUCCCAGCUUUCUUGGAUUUCUGGGGGAUAUUGAGCUGUAGUGUGUUUUGUGUUGGAUGAACGUACGAGGAUGGAAUCUGAUGGAAAGAAGAAGGAAAUGGAUAAUUCAGACAGCGAGUCGAACAGAGCGCAAGAUCCGGACGUAGCGUCUGAUUCGGAAGGGCGGAUAAGCAGACAGCCGUCGAGUUACGCAACUGAGGAUGAUGACGAACUGGCGGCUAACAUUGAGUUGGGUCCCAAAGUGAGCAUCAAAGAACAUCUUGAGAAGGAUAAGGAUGAUGAGAGCUUGAGGAGGUGGAAAGAACAACUUCUUGGAAGUGUUGAUGCUAUUGUUGUUGAAGAGAACCAAGAACCAGACGUAAAAAUCUUGAGCCUCACAAUCCUAUCUCCGGAACGAUCAGACAUCGUGCUACCAAUCCCAGAGGGUGAGAACCCUAAAGGAUUGUGGUUUACACUCAAGGAAGGCUGCCGUUACCGGCUGAGAUUUUCCAUUAAGGUCAACAACGACAUUGUUUGUGGCCUCAAGUACAUUAAUACUGUCUGGAAGACCGGACUCAAAGUUGAUAGCACGAAAGAAAUGCUGGGAACAUUCAGCCCUCAGGUAGAGCCGUACACACAUGAAAUGCCGGAAGAGACUACUCCCUCUGGAAUGUUUGCUAGAGGAUCAUAUUCAGCAAAAUCAAAGUUCGUUGACGAUGACAACAAGUGCUACCUAGAGAUCAACUACACUUUCGACAUCCAGAAAGACUGGCCCUCCACAUAGGUUGCACAAUUCGGACAACCUCAACCUCAACUACUCAUUGUCGAUCAACAACAUUUUAGUCUUCUCUACCUAUUUUUUUUGUUUAUCUUGUUCUUUAAUUUUCAUCAAAAUGUUCUGCGAGUCUGAGCUCUUUGUUAGUUGUUGCGCUAGUUUAUUUUCGUCCAGACAGUUACAACAUUAGAUAUGCAUACGUACGUAUUUGUAGUUUGAGUAUUAUAGAGUGUGUCUGAAAAGAAAUUGAAGUUAGGAGUCAUGACGAGAUUGACAUGUAACACAACUAGGUUGUCGAGAGAGCUCGGGGGUUAAUCUUCCCUACUGGAGUAUGCAAAUUGAUCUAGUUAUUUGCAGGUUAUAAGAAGUGCGUAUCAGAAAUUAGAGCAUUGUAAAUUAAACAACUUCAUCUUUUUUUCGUAAUUAAUAAAGUGGCUUUUUUAGGUUUUA